AAAUUUUAUUCCGUUCCCUUCCUCCAUAUUUUCCGUAAACUACUACAAAUUCACCUGGUUACAUGGAUUGACUGAGACGCACCCAGAUGUGGCGGCAAAACGUUUUUCUGCAAAAUCCCGACUCCGACCACAGCAUUUCCGAUGAGGAAGACUACGAUUCUAAUUUGCCCCAAAUUUCUGCCUUAUUAACCGGUGCUUUGGAGAAAAAGGAGGAACUGCAAGUUUUGUCGCGGCUCGAGAUACUUAGAGGUACUUCUGAAUGGAAUUGUGGAAAGAAAAAUAGCAAGAAUGACACACAUGUCUCUCUUGAAGAUGAUGAUGUUGAAAUGCCUGAAUUUCGUAACGAGGCAAGGAAGGCAUUCACGUGCAACCCGGACGAGGAAAUCAUCUCCGAUGAUGAGGUAAACAACGUGGUGUCGAAAUUUUCUGAUUCCUCCAAUGCUAAAAAGCUCCAUGAAGACAGUCUUUGUAGAUUUGGAAGUGGGGUGCAAGAUGGUGCACAGACAUGGUCUGCUGUAAGUAAAGAAGCUGAGGCACUGUUACAUUUGAAUGAGAAUGCAUCAACCCAUUCUGCCUACUCCAAAGCAAGCAAAUCUUAUAAAGGAGUCAGAUGUAAGGUUAAGCAAAAAUUUUCAUUCCGUUUCCAGUCACGUAAGGAAGAACCCUCCUGGCCUUCUUUAUCUAAGGAUGAAAAUAUUGUGUCAUUUGAGGUUCAUGAAGCACCUGAAAGAUUGGACACAUUUGAACCUAGAUCCGAAGAACAUUCAAUUGCUGAGGUUCUUGACGAUUGUCAGAGAGAGAAUCAAUUCCAGUCAGAGAAUUUACAUGCUCAAGUAGGAGCUCUUGGGCAUGGAUGCACUGAGCCAUCAAUGGCUGAGCUUCUAGAUGGCCUUCAGGACAGAGCUAGUUUGCAGAAAGGAGUUUCUAAAAAGUGUAGCAGAACAAAAGAUAAAAGGGUACAGAUUGUUGCAAAGAAAAUUAUCUCUCCACUGGGAGAUAGAACUGUUGACAGAGAGGAUUCCUCUGAAUCCAUGGGUAGUGGAUCAUCUAGUGAGGACAAGGCCACAGAUCAAAAGCUAAAGGUUACAAUCCCAGAAAUGAAGAGGCAAACUAUGGCAGAUCGGUUUCAAGAAACUUUAGGUGCUACCUUUUUAAAUGAUGAAGGGGCCCUUGUUGCAGUGCCUAAAUCAUCAGGAAUUGGAUUAUUUGGGAAGUUGCAACAGCUCAUGCAGAAUGAAAAAGAAAGAGAUGUGGAUUUCUUGAAGAAGUUGCAGACUGGAUCUAACAAAAUUAAUGAAGUAAGCAGCAUCAUUGUAAAAAUCCUGGCAAGAUACUUGGAUGCAAAGCUGAUAGUUUGUCAAUGCUCUUUUUGCGAGAACAUAGAGAGCCCCACACCAUCAGGAAGCCCUCAAAUAAUGAUAAAUGGAGGAAGGAAAACAACAAUUAUUUUUAAUCCGAGAGUUUGCAGUGAUGUUGACCUUGAAGUUGGGAACUUGAUCUGUAUUCACCCACCAUGGAAGGAGGUAAAAGCAGGCAAUGAUGAGAGCAUUAUUCUCUCUACGUAUUUCUCCCAAAUUGUAAGACCAGUUCAGGUUUGUCAAAAUUAGAAGUAUGUGUGCAUUAUAAGGAUCAUGUGCUCAGAUCAGUUUCAUCCAGAAUCAUGUGAUUCUAUGUACAGCCCUCAAUUUUUUUUUUCACUCACUAAUGGCAUGAGACAUGGUUGGACAAAGUAUAUUACAAAUCUGUAAUCCAUUUUUUUGCAUUUUUUUUUUCUUUUUACUCUCUCUUUCCUUAAUUUAAUGCCUUGACCCAAUUCAAGUUGUACCCACUAAUGACAAUUUCAUGAAUGAGAAAGGAAGAUGAAAUUCUUCUGUGAAAUGAAAUAGAGGAAGAAACUUAAAAAUG